CGCAGGGAGCGAGGGCGGCGCGGGAUCGGCGGGAGGAGGAGGAAGGAGAGGAAGGCAGGCGGGAGGAGGAAGAGGAUGAGGAGCACGGCGCCCCGCGGCACUUUGCGGAAAAUUCUAAAGAAGCACAAGCCGCAGUUACGCCUGGCGGCCAACGUCGACCUGCUGGUUCAUUUGAGUUUCUUAUUGUUUCUCCAUCGGCUAGCAGAAGAAGCCAGGACAAAUGCUUUUGAGAACAAAAGUAAAACAAUAAAACCUGAGCACAUCAUAUCUGCAGCGAAGGUUAUUUUAAAGAAAAGCAGAGGCUAGAAAACAGACCACUGGAAUUUUAAAACACAUUUUUCAAUGUUUUCUAACUAAUUUGAGUUACACUGUGAACAGUUUUAGCACUUGUGGAACCUAUGUAGUUUUCUUGACAUCUAUCUCCUGACUAUCUUGCUGUUUCUUAAAAAAAAAAAAAUUAAAAAUCUUAAGUUGUGUAUUUUCGUACACUUCAUGCAUAAUUUUAAUUUAUGUGUGUCACUUGUCACUUAAGACUUUUGAUGUACCUUAUUUCAUAAUGAUGGAGGAAUGUUUGUACCAUAGAUACCCUAUGGUACAAUGCGGCAUUUAUUAUUAAAAGUGUGAAACUUCUUAAGGGGAACAGUAGUUAAAAAAAAAACACCAGCGCAAGUUUCACUAAAUCUACUAUAGAUUGUGCAGUUCAUAGCAGGUUUACUAAUUAUGGCUUUCAAAAUUAUGGCUUUCAAAACAAUCACUGUAGAAAGAAGUGUAUUAAAUACCUUGUCUUCAGUUUAUUUAUAAAUGUCUUGAUAAUUUUGAAAUUACUUUGAAAAGUAGGUUGAAACUUCUGUGUUCUGGGGAAAGAAUACAUAGUUGGUAUUUUAAAUCACGGUUUGAACUGUUAAGCUGAUGUGUUUGAUGUGGUAUAUGAGACAACUUGGUGAUCUGUAAUUAAUUUGGUGUGGGCAGAUACACAGGUUAUGGAAAAGGAAAGAUCUGGCACAGCUGAAGUUUUCAAAGUUAGAUCUUGUAAAAAUAACAAAGAUAAGUUAGCAUGAGUGCCAAGCUAUUUCCUUCUCUCUUUUGUGUGUCAUGCUAACUUGUCAAAAGUUUGGAAUUGUACAUUAUAUAAAAAUGUCUUCUUAAAUUCAGAUCAUAUUCUGUUGCUAUUCUGAUAUUUGUAAUACUUUCCUGAACACUUUGCUUAAUAAAUAUAUUAAAGUUAUAGACAAUUUUACAGUUUGAGCUGAUAAUGCAGUUUAAUGGAAUAUAUGGUAGCUGAUCCUUGAUAUGCACACUGAGCUGUUCUCAAAAUAAAAAAAUCUUUACAAGUGGUA